CAUCUCUUCUGUCCCUCAGGUCUGGCAGGCCGGGCAAGUCCUUCUCCAGACUCUCGCGGGCCAAGGGCUUCCAGCACCAGAGGAUGACUAACGGGGCCAUGAACGUAGAGAUAGGAAACCCAGCGUACAAGAUCUACGAGGGUGAGCCAGACGAUGCCGGGGAUCUUCUAGACUCAGACUUCACACUGGACCCAGACAAGCCCACCAACUUCACCAACCUAGUGUACGCCACACUGUACAUGGGAGCCCACAACAGCCGCAACUCCCUGACCAGCACAGAUGAGAAGAAGGAGCUUCUGUCACGGGGGGAUGAGGAGCCUCUGGUGGACCUGCUAGCAUAAACGGUCUAUUAGCCUGGGGCGUAACAUUCCAAACACACCCCUCUUUUUGCCUUUGAAAGACAAAACGGAAAGAAAAUAAACAGAAAAGUUGUGCACACUGUAUAAAUUGUACAAAAAUUGACCUUUUGUAUGUGAUUGCAGUAUUAUAUUUUGUUCUUUUACGAUUCCUCUGGUCAAAAAUGAACAAAAACAUUUCAUAGAAGAAAUGUUUUAUUUACUAUUUUUGUCCCUUUACCUAAAUAGCCACUACCUCUGUGCACAAGGAAAUGGAAAAAAAAACAAUUAGAAGAAGAAAAACAUCAUCAUUGGAGCAUUUUGUUUUGUAUGAAUUGUAUAGAGAAAAAAACAUUGUUCUAUUUAAUUUUGUUUGUGUUAAUUUUGAGCAGGGGAAGGCGAACUCAGUUUUGUAAGUCGGUACCAUUGUUGUCUUGAUGACAGUUUUGUCUGCAGGAGUGUGUAAGACAGGAAUAAUACAGUAUGAUUUGUGUACAGCGCAUCUAAAAUUAAUGUCAGUACCGGAUGGCAACUUAUUUCCAUAUUAUUUUCUCAGAAAACUAUGUUCAUGAAAUUGUUUUCUUUCUUGCACAGACAAGGUUUUACUGUGUAUCUACCGUAAGAUGUAACGCAGGUCAAUAUAUGUUUGUUUCUAUCCUUAAGGUGUGUAGGGCUCAUGUGAUGUUAAAAUAGCAUAAUCAAAGUGUUGUUGAAGCGACUGAGGAUGAGUGACUGACUGAUUACUGGUGAGAUGUGAUAAUUAUGAUGAUGUUGAAGAUUCCAGGCUUGGGAAUGCUUCCAUAUAGUGGGCUGUGGGUGUGCCCAGUGCCCAUGUCAUGGCAGGUCAGAGCAUAGUAACGAUGGGACGGACCAGAGAUACUGUGAGAAAAUGUGUGACACCUUCGUUGAGAAGAACGUCACCAAUCUGCACCCCUUCAGUGGACUGUGGUGCCAGAGGACAAGUGUCUUAGUUACAGCUGUGUGGAUGGACAGAGAAAGGAGAUGGGAUAACGUUUGGUCUAAUGUAUGUUUUGUUUUUCGCAGCAUUUCCUCAUUUGGUUUAUGUAAGGGCUUGACUGUCCACCUGGCCCUGUCAGGCUUCAGUACAGAUGAAUCCUUCUAACCUGAGAACAUUAGUUUUGUGCUUUAUCCUUUCAGUGAUACCCAUCCCGGAUCCGGGAGCAUCCUCAUCAAAAAAGCUGACUAGCAUAGCCUAGCCUAACGGGACAGGGAUAUCAUAUAAUAUAAUUUUCAUGAAAUCACAAGUCCAAUACAGCAAAUGAAAGAUAAACAUCUUGUGAAUCCAGCCAUCGUUUCCAAUUUUUUAAAUGUUUUACAGCGAAAACACUGUAUUUCUAUUAGCUAACCACAAUAGCCAUAGACUCAACCGCAUAUUUUCACCAUGUUUCUACCGCAUAGGUAGCUAUCACAAAACCGACCAAAUAGAGAUAUAAUUAGUCACUAACCAAGAAACAUCUUCAUCAGAUGACAGUCUUAUAACAUGUUAUACAAUACAUUUAUGUUUUGUUCAAAAAAUUUGCAUAUUUGAGGUAUAAAUCAUAGUUUUACAUUGCAGCUACCAUCACAAAUAGCACCGAAGCAGCCAGAAUAAUUACAGAGAGCAACGUGAAAUACCUAAAUACUCAUCAUAAAACAUUUAUGAAAAAUACAUGGUGUACAGCAAAUGAAAGAUAAACAUCUUGUGAAUCCAGCCAAUAUUUCCGAUUUUUUUAAAGUGUUUUACAGCGAAAACACAAUAUAUAUUUCUAUUAGCUCACUACAGUAGCCAAACACACAACGCAAUUUACUCCCCGCAAAAAUAGCUUGCACAAAACCGACAAAAUAGAGAUAAAAUUAAUCACUAACCUUGAACAAAUUCAUCAGAUGACAGUCUUAUAACAUCAGGUUAUACAAUACACUUAUGUUUUGUUCGAAAAUGUGCAUAUUUAGAGCUACAAAUCCUGAUUAUACAUUGUGAAUACGUAGCAUCGAUUCACCAGAAUCUCCAGAGAUAUUUUGGACACUCACCUAAUCUGACCAAAGAACUCAUCAUAAACUUUACAUAAAAGUACUUGUUGUAUGGCAAAUGAAAGAUACACUGGUUCUUAAUGCAACCGCCGUGUUAGAUUUUUAAAAAUAACUUUACCAUAACAAACAGCUUGCGUUAUUGCGAGACAGCGCUCGCCAAAACGGCAGAGAAUAGGAAUCAACAUUUUCCACAGAAAUACCAAAUAACAUCAUAAAUUGUUCUUACUUUUGCUGAGCUUCCAUCAGAAUCUUGUACAAGGAGUCCUUGGUCCAGAAUAAAUCGUUGUUUGGUUUUAGAAUGUCCUUUUCUUCUGUCGAAUUCGCGCCACAAUGCUAGCCAAGCUUGAUAACGUUCCCAUCUUCUCUCUACACAAAGAACGGAAAACUCCAAAAGUCCCAAUAAACGUUGAAUAAUCUGAUAAAACUCGGUUGAAAAAACAUACUUUACGAUGUUAUUAUCACAUGUAUCAAAUAAAAUCAGAGCCGGAGAUAUUCGCGGUGUAAACCGAACGCUUAUCAGAAGACAAUAUAGAGGUGCUUCGUGCGCCUUGGUAGAGAAAGGAAAUUCCUGACCUGCCACUCCAAAAGCUCUUGUUCGACCUCAGAUCAAGCUCAGACACCCCAUUCCACCUUCCACUGCCUGUUGACAUCUAGCGGAAGGCGUAUGAAGUGCAUGUAUAUCGAUAAAUAUAAGCCAGUUGAAUAGGCAGGCCCUGAAACAGAGCCCCAUUUUCAGAAUUUUCACUUCCUGUCUGGAAGUUUGCUGCCAAAUGAAUUCUGUUUUACUCACAGAUAUAAUUCAAACAGUUUUAGAAACUUGAGUGUUUUCUAUCCAAUAGUAAUAAUAAUAUGCAUAUUGUAUGAUCUAGAAUAGAGUACGAGGCCGUUUAAAUUGGGCACGAUUUUUUCCAAAGUGAAAAUAGCGCCCCCCUAUUGACAAGAAGUUUUUAAUGGUUUUGUAACAGCUCCCUCUGAAGGGCAUUCGUUUCUUUCUUUCUUUUUGACUGUCACGUAGCGUUUCCCUCCACUGUUCUUCCUUUAGCCGUUUCUGAUCAUCUGUCUUUUGUAUCCUGCUGCUAACGCUGCCGUUUGUUUGCCUUUCAAACAAACGGUUGCCUUGACGUGUCUUUAAGCUCAGCCACUGUCCCAAAAUGCUGCUUCUGUCAGGUGAUCAGCCAUAUUUUAAUGCAUGUGAGAAAAGGCAAACAAAUGUUUAAGUAACUAGAAUAACAAAUCCGUAUUUUGCUUAUCUGUCAGCAAGUGUUAUUUUUGAUUUAUGCGGUCGCAUUUUAUUAAAAAUGUUUAAUUGAAAGGAGAUACAAGUACAAUCAUUUUACUUUAAAGAACAUUUUUGCAAAGUCAUACAUGCAUUCUUGGAUUUAAGUUGUUUUUGAUUAGUCCUUGUUUUAUGAGAAAUUACACAUAGCUUUUAUAGUACAAAAUGCAUGGAGGCUCAACAUUUUCAGGAAAGAGAAUGAAUGUUUUUGGUAGAGUACUUUACAAGCUAAAUAACAGAUUGUUAUAAAUACAAUUUUAAAAAUUGUACAGAAAACAAUCAACUGGAUUUGUGUUCUUUUAUUGCCUUUUAUGUUGUCAUUUUAUUUUGAGUUCGAUGUUACAUUGUUGGUAUCACUUGGUAUCGCAGUUUGGUCCCUUUUGAACAUCACGGUCACUUCUGUGGUUGUGUUUUCAUAUCUAGCUGGACUGGACAUAUUGUGGAGGAUACAAUUAAUACCAAA